GCACUCGCUGGCUACAGAUCUGUGAACAAAAGUUUGCAUUGUAGGAGCUGAGGGCUGACGUCACUGCUGUCGAGGAGGAGAGCCUCUUCAAUCUGUGACCAGAGAGCGACACAUUCAGUCACACACUCCCACACGGAGUCACUUAGGCUGCUGACCGAAUCUCCGUUUAUCUCUCUCAACAUCCCUAAAACUGCGCGCAACUCGGAAAUAUAGUUUCCCCCCAUUCCCAUUUUUUAAAAAGGAAUACAAGAUUUUCGACGAUAAGGUUUCUGUUGCUGCCGGUGCCACAUUGAAUUCAACAAAGUUAACGUCAAAGUAAAUGCAGCGUUUUGGGAAGUAGCUGAUCUAAAGGUGCAGAGAGAACAGUGAUGACACACAUCUGAGGAUCGUCUCAUAGGACAAGUACAGUAUGGAUUCUGGAGAGCAGCUGACCUCACCAUCUUCAGCCCCAUCGUCCCUUCACGUGGCCUCCCCUUCUGCUCGCUCUUCCCCUGUUCCACCCCAGACACCCUCCAUCAAGUGCAGCACAGCCCCUGACCCAGCAGGCAGCUCCCCUCUCACCACCUGUGGUCAGUUACUUCAGAUGAUGAGGGAUGAACAUUUAAAUACGUCUGGCAGCUCCCACGCUUUUCCCUCAGUCAGCCAUCCAGCUUUUGGGCUCUACACAUCGACUUCAGGUCGCUCUGAGUUUGGAGGCCUUGGUAGUCUGAGUUUGUCUGCCUUGGCUGCUCGCUCCCAGUUUGACUGGUGGCGGGCAUCGGAGGCACAUACCAAAGGAACAGCAGCCUUCUUUCCUCCUGUAAUGGGUCUGCAUCCUGUAUUUACAUCAACCAUCAAGAGCCAUGAUCCUGUUCGACUGCAGUCACAUAUCUCGGUUUCUGUAGGCAUGAAUGGAACAGUGAAUGGUAGAGGUAGUUCCUCUCCUACUGGGAGCUCUCCUGUGAACACCAGCUCAUUUUCAGCAAAGGGCAACAGGGAAAAGAGGAAAGCCGUUGGUGGUCAAGGACAUAAGAGCAGUCAAGACCCGGGUCAACUACUACAACAGAAGGCUAAUCAGAAAAAAGAAAAGAAGACCAGCAAAAGACCAUUGGAGACUGCUAGCAUGAGCAGCAGCCAGUCAGGAUCCUUGUCAGAUAGCACCAGUGAUGGUGAAGAGAGCACCAGUGACCCUGAUAACACUGAGGAAGAAGAGAAGAACGAGGAUGAUCAGAGCGAUGAUAGUGAGGCCUCUGAUUCUGAAAAAGAGUUUUGCAUUCAACAGAUAGUCAAGCGGCUGACACAGAACACUUCUGAGAGUAAAAAGAAGAGACCUUCCAAUUCUGCGCAUAGUCAUCGUCACACUGUUCCUUUAACCUCCCCGUUCUUCCAGUCCUCUUAUCCUGUUGGCCAGCCUCAGUCCACAGCGCUGUUUCUCCACAGUUCCAGGGCUGCAGAGGAGGAGGGCCAGCAGCACAUCAGUGUUAUCCAGGCCACAGGGCUGGCAGCCAGCAACAGUGCCUUAGCACGUUCCCAUAGGAAGGCCUCUCCUUGGCUCUUCAGGACCUCACCCAACCCUAACUCCUUCUCUAACUCACCUAAACCUUUUCCUUCUUCCACUUCACCAAAGCACUCCUCUCAUUCAUCCUCCCCACACCACACCAGACCUCUUGCUCUUUGUUCCCGCAUGAAACCCAUGUCUCUAAGUUGCUCACAUAAACCCUCACCCAAAUCUGUUUCCCUCUCUCCUUCAUCCAAACCACCAACACUGUUAGCCUCACAUAUACCCACUUUUUUGAUGCCUUCUCCCAAGCGCACACAGCCAGUUGACAGCAUAAAGGAGAGCAGUGGAAACCUCUCACUUGAACGCUCAUUACACAUAAGCAGUUUAAAUUUGAAACAGGCUCUCCAUUCAGACUCUUUCGAGCAAGCUUUCUCUCUGCGACCUAUCUGCAAUGACACCCACCUGUUCCUGCGCCAUCGCCCUAAUGGAGAGAUCCACAGCGCAGUUCAGGAUACCCCUUUGGCUCUUACCAUGAAAGCCCACAGCCAGAGCAGCAACCCCAGCAGAAAGCCACUCCUGGCAGCUUCUAGCCCUCCAUACCCAACGCCCAUCAACUUGAGCACUAGCACCAAGGAGCCAUCAGGCAGCUUUGCUUCCCCACUUAAAUCUUCUGCCUCAUCAGGACUUGUUCACAGAUCAAUGAAGACCAAGACUCCCAAAUCUCUGCCUGGGGGAAAGAACCUCCCUAAAACCAACUCCUCUUGUCCACCUGUGGACUUGGUUAGAGGCAGCGAGUCUGAUAUCCACAGCAGCAAGGUCUCGGAUGACUCUUUAGGAGAUGAUUUUGAUGAGGACGAUGAAGAUGAUAUUGAGGAUGAAGAUUCUGGUAGCAGCUUGUCAGAGUCGGUGAGCAAUCUGGAGAGCGGCUCUGAGGAUUAUUUAAAAGAGCACGGUGAGACAGAAACAAAUAGUGAUGCAGAAAGGACUCUUCUGAAACGAGCUAAAUCUUUGUCUACUCACAAGUCCUCCUCAGCCAACUGCUCCCUGCUCAACCUGCAGAUCAUCAAGCCUCCUAUUUUACCUAGUAGCCUACUCACCCGCACCACAUUGACCAGUUCAGGGGGACUGAGAAAUCACAGAACCUCAUCGCCACUGUCGGGAUCAGGGAAGAGGAGGAGAGUAACAGAUGAGAGAGUUCUACAAUUGCCACUUAAAUUUGGGUGGCAGAGAGAGACCCGGAUCAGGACUGUGGCAGGUCGUCUACAAGGGGAGGUGGCUUACUUUGCCCCAUGUGGGAAGAAGCUGCGUCAGUAUCCUGAUGUAAUGAAGUACUUACUCCGGAAUGGAAUAACUGUAAUCUCACGGGAUAACUUUAGCUUUAGUACAAAAAUUAAAGUUGGUGACUUUUAUGAAGCCAGAGAAGGACCAGAGGGUUUACAGUGGUUCUUGCUGGCUGAGGAGGAGCUCGCACCCAGAAUCAUAGCAAUGGAUGGGAGGCACAGCCGCCGCACAAAGACUGAGCAUGAGACAACAGGUGAUGGUACUGGGGUCAGACGACAAAAGGCUCACCCUCUAAACACUGGUGAAAAUAACUUCCAAGAUGCCAAUGAUGCCAAGCUGCUACGCAAACUGGAGGCUCAAGAAAUAGCACGAGAGGUAGCUCAGAUGAAGUUGAUGAGAAAACUGGAGAAGCAGGCCAUGGCACAAGCGGCCAAGGAGGCCCGGAAGCAACAAGCAAUAAUGGCUGCCGAGGAGAGGCGGAAAAAGAGAGAGCAGAUAAAGAUUCUUAAACAGCAAGAGAAGAUCAAGCGUAUUCAGCAAAUUCGAAUGGAGAAAGAACUCCGUGCGCAGCAAAUUCUCGAGGUGAAAAGAAAGAAAAAAGAAGCUGCAGCCAAUGCCAGAAUAUUGGAGGCAGAGAAACGAAACAAGGAGAAAGAGAUACGAAGACUGCAGGCUGUCAUACUGAAGCACCAGGAGUUGGAGAGGCAUAGAAUAGAUAUGGAGAGGGAAAGACGCAGGCAGCACUCGAUGCUCAUGAAGGCUGUGGAGGCCCGUAAAAAGGCAGAGGAGAAGGAGCGUCUGAAGAAAGAGAAGGAGGAUGAAAAACGGAUAAACAAGGAAAAGAAACUGGAGCUCAGAAGACUGGAACUGGAAAAAGCAAAGCAGCUGAAGAAACCAAAUGAAGACAUGUGUUUAGCAGAUCAUAAGCCACUUCCAGAACUGUCCCGUAUUCCUGGUCUGCUGUUACCAGGAACCACCUUUUCUGACUGCCUGAUGGUGCUGCAGUUCCUGCGUACCUUUGGAAAGGUUCUUGGAUUGGACAAAUAUUCAAACAUGCUCAACCUAAGUGACCUUCAGCUGGGGUUGCUCAAUAUUGGGGACGGUAUGGGCAAGGUGCAGGACCUGCUGGUGCACAUGCUCUGUGCAGCUGUGUGUGAUCCUGGUAUACCUGCAGGUCACAAGAGCAAAACCAGCUUGGGGGACCAUUUGACUAAUGUGGAGAUCAACCGAGACAAUGUGUCUGAGAUCUUGCAGAUCUACCUGGAGGCUCACUGUGAGCAGACAGAGCUGGCUGUUCUGGCCCUCAGCCUCAGGACUAAGGCUUUUCAGGCCCACAGUCCGUCACAGAAGGCCUCCAUGCUAGCUUUCCUGGUUAAUGAGCUCUGUGGUAGUAAAGCUGUAAUCAGUGAGAUUGACAAAAGCAUAGAUCACAUGACCAAUCUGAGGAAGGAUAAGUGGGUUGUUGAGGGGAAGCUUCGCAAACUGAGGAAUAUUCAUGCCAAGAAGACGGGGAGGAGAGAAGGCAGUGUAGGAGGAGGGGACAACCACACCUUUGUCAUCGCCACUGCCAGAAACAAGUCCAAGAGGAAAGAAGGGGACAGUGAGGAAGAAGAGGAUGAGGAUGAUGACAGUGAGGACCAAGGAGAUGAUGAGGAGGAGGAAGAGGAAGAAGAAUCAGGGGGAAAGAAAGGGAAGAAAGCAGAGACAUGUGAAGAGGAGGACAACAGUGUACACUCAGUCAGUGUCGAGGAGCUGGAGAAACAGAUUGAGAAAACAUACAAGCAGCAGAGUCAGAUCAGACAGAAGCUUUUUGACUCCUCUCACUUACUACGCUCCAUGAUGAUUGGACAGGACCGCUACAAGAGACGCUACUGGGUCCUUCCACAAUGUGGUGGCAUCUUUGUUGAAGGCAUGGAGAACGGUGAAGGCUUUGAAGAGGCGGCGAAAGAGAAGAAAAGACAGAGGACUGCUUCGGUGAUGAGUGUAAAAGAGGAGCAGCUGGAAGAGACGGAGAUGCCAGUGGUUUUCUGUCCAUUACAGAACACAGACAGUGGUACAACCAUAGCAAAGAGGCAGCAGGACAAAGACCAUCUCAGUCUCUUCCUCCAGACACCUGGCUCCUUAUCUAAGCUCAACAAACUCCCUGAAGUAGCUAAAAUGUCUCAAGAUCCAGACAUCAAUUCUCACCACAGUCACAACACUCAUUCUGCUAAAGUCCCUACCACUGCCUCUUAUCCCUUGUAUCCUAUCUCUCAGACAGACAUAUCCCACAGCUCCCUGUCUGCAGCCUCUCAGCAGGGACUCAUUGAUAAAAUGGAUACUUCAGUGCCAUCUUUGCUCAGUUCCCCUCAGCUCAAGAGCAGUCCCUGGAUACCCUGCGGCCCUCACUCUAUCUUUCAUGAUGACCAGCUCUCCAAAAUACGGACAGAAAAGGGUAACCAGUGGUUUAGCCUGUUGCCUCGCUGUCCUUGUGACGAUUCCACGGUCACCUCUGGCUCAAGUCUUCCAGCCUACUCUUCUCCACAGACCAUUAGCGCCAAAUCCUCCUCCCUCUGCCCUAAUCCCCUAGCUACAGCCAACUACAAUACUCCUGCUGGGAUCAAUAACAGAGAGUCAUCUCUCCUCCAGCAAGUAAAGUCGGGCAAUCCCCAAAACAGACUGAUAGUGUGUGACGUGUCCAGACAGCCCCUCCCUGGCGCUUCUCUACACUCUGUGGUGGAUCUGGCCUCGCAGUAUGCAGAGGGUAAUGGGAACAGUGUCCUCUUCCUUGCUAAUAACAAAUCUGUCAACAACACUGAAACCCCAGUGGCCCAGAGUGACAAGCGCCUUUGUGCCUCAUUCCCUGAUAUGGAGGUGGCUAAGACCCAAGACUACCCUGGUCCUCAGCCUAUCCCCGAAGAGAUGCUGCAUGGAUGGUGGAGAGUGUCAGACAUGGAGGCACUGCACAAUCUGGUUAAGGCUCUCCACAGCCGAGGCAUCAGAGAGAAGGUCUUGCAGAAACAGAUCCAAAAGAAUAUGGAAUACAUGACCCAGCUCUGUGCCAACAGUAAAGAUGUGAUUGAUGUGGUAGAGCUGGAGAAGCAGGAGGUGAGUGAGAAGUCAGUGGAGAGUUGGUGUAUUGAGGAGCAGGCCAUGGAGGUGGACACCAGCUUGCUGCAGCAGGUCGAGAAGCUAGAGAGGAAAGUCGUCUCUGCCAGCCUGCAGGUCAAGGGUUGGACACACCCUCAGCUCCAGUCAGACAGGGAGGACCUGGUCUAUCAUGAGCACAAGUUAUUCACUUCUCCAGCUACAGAAACAAAGGGUCAGAGAGAAACCAGCACAGAGGACAGUCCCAACACUGUGGUGCGGCGGCCCAACAAUCCGCUUGACAUCGCUGUCACUAGGCUGGCAGAGCUGGAGAAGAACAUUGAACGAAGUAGUGAGGAGGAGGCGACUCCUGGGCUGAGGUUGUGGCGUAAAGCCCUUAAUGAAGUCCGCAGCUCAGCUCAGCUGUCGCUCUGCAUUCAGCAGCUGCAAAAAUCCAUCGCCUGGCAACGGUCCAUCAUGAAAGUGCACUGCCAGCUCUGUCAGAAAGGAGAUAAUGAAGAACUGCUCUUACUUUGUGAUGGCUGUGACAAAGGCUGCCACACAUACUGCCAUGAACCCACGAUCACCACAGUACCUGAUGGCGACUGGUUUUGUCCCACUUGUGUGGCCAAGGAAAGUGGUCACCCCCCCUGGAGUGAGAAGCAACAGAGCCAAACAGCUGGAGGAGGGAAGAAAGACAGUGAGGUAAAGCAAAAUAAUAAGCCACCCGUGGUAGGAGAGCUCAUCAAAGAAGAAUCUGUCGGCAGCAACAGUCCGACAAAGAAAGGGACCAAGGAGUUCAAGAAAAGAAAGAGAGACGACAACCCACCCAGCUUCCAGGCCAAGCAGCUCAGCAGCCCUGUCUCCUGUGCAAAAAAAGUCAAACUGGCCAAAGACGACACAAAUGACCUGGCAACGUGCCGAGUGCUGCUGGCUGAGCUGGAGGGCCAUCAGGAUGCCUGGCCUUUCCUCUCACCAGUCAACCACAAAGCUGUUCCUGGAUACAGGAAGGUCAUCAAGAAGCCCAUGGACUUCUCCACCAUUAGAGAGAAGCUCGCCAACAAUCGGGGCCUUCUCUUCACUUGUGACACUAAAUACAGUUAUACUGACACCGAUGUGCAAUGUGAAAAGACAAACGCUUCCACUGUAUCUGGUGAGGAACAAAACACUUGGAUUAUAUGGAUUAACAUCUUCAAGUGCAAUACUGUUUUCUUUAUCAAAAUGCACUGACUGGAACUCGGUAUUGUGUUUGGUAAUUGAGAUUCACACUGUAGGUAAGUCAUUGACUUUUUUUAUCACCAGUACUGCAGUAGAGCUUUGUGUACAUGUGUAUUUAUGUUUGUCUUUUUUCAGAAAAACUAGAAAAAAAAACAUUCAGCUUUAACAAAAUGUGAAGAUUGUUUUAAGGACUGUUGAACAGGCCAAUCAAAGAAGAACUGUUUAGAGCUUUGUGACCAUAGGAUGCCAGCUGUACUGCUGUUUAUCUGCAUUUCUGACUUGUGCAAAAUAUGAGGCGGUAUCAACGGCACAUCAAGAUCAAUGAUUUUUAUUGUCUAUUCACUAUAUGUGCAGGACAUACAGUUUCUCUUUCACCUAGUAUUGAAUGCCAUACCAUUUGGGGAACUAGAAUAGAAUAAAAGUAGAGUAAAAAUAGACUAAAGAAUAAGAAAACAAAGUCAUUGAUUAGGAUAAAACGGAACGGUACAACCUAAUGUAACAUGUAGUGUCCAGUUGUCGCUAUUAAUAUGUCCUAUUUCUACGAUGUAUAGUGUGUACAUACAAACACGGUCUUGUUGAAUAAUUGUGAAUGCAGAAGUUUGAUUGUUGUAUUUAACACAGUAAGUCUUGUAUAUUGCCUGAGCUGAACUUAAAACACUGCAGUCGCCCCAGUAUUGUAGUGCCUGACCUCUGACAGUGUACAGAGGAGUGUGCCCCCUGAUUUUCAGUGUGUGUGUGUGUGUGUGGGUGUGUGUGUGUGUGUGUGUGUGUGUACUGUACCCAUAGGAAACCCCUUAAACAAUGUAAACCUCUUAAAUAGCUUUUCCUCUGAAUCCAUGUGGUGCAUAUACAGUACUAUGUUUCAUCUCAAAGCAUUAUCUUCAACCAGUCUUGUCAGACAUCCUGUGGACAGAUGUGGGAACCUGCACUGGGCUUCAAUCCAGCCAGCAGUCAGACCGUGUUCCGGUCCACUGGAGGCAUCUGAAGAAAGCCGAAGUCAGAAGUAACUGUAUUUUAUUAUGAAAUGAGUGGCAGCUUUUGUAAGAAUAUUAUUUUUAAAUAGUUGUGUGGUACAGCUUAAAUAAACCUGGCUUUUCAAAACAACCCUAUUACCCACUCACUAGCUCACCUUUUUAGACAUGUUAUA